UGACUGUAUACAAAAGAAAACGUAAACUAUAUUUCAUAUUGUUGAUUUAGACAUUGAAAGCGGUUUUCGAAACUAAAAAACAAUAGUGUUAUUUUGGAUAAUCUCAAGAUGAUUUGUAGAUUUCUUUUUCUUUGUUUGAUAACCGUAACAAAACUUGAAGAUCCAUGCUUUACAACAAAACUAAUUGACGACUGGCGAAGAUCUGUAGCCAAUGCAGCUAUAAUAGGAGUAUGUGAUAACUUUUUAGAGGAAGGAUGGUACAGAGUCAUAUCUGGUGCCGGCGAAUUAAUGCCAACUGAAUGUCCAAUUGGUGGAUACCGUUGUGGGACGACAUCUCCAUUUUGGCUAUCACCAAAUAAUGUAACAGGAUCCUUAUAUCCAGACAAUGGCAAUACUGUUAAUAGAACAACUUGUAGGGCGACCUUUUCUGGCAACUGUUGUGACCAAACAAUCGAUAUAAGAAUCAAAGAUUGCGGCUGUUACUAUGUUUAUUAUUUGAAACAUACAACGGGUUGUUAUUCAGCAUAUAGUUUUGGUGACCAACUGCCAUGUCCUGAUGGUCUGACUUCGUCAACUGGGUUUACACCAGGAUGUGUAAAUAGUAGUCGUUCAGGAAUUGGAAAACUCAAGGAAGCUUGA